AUGCUGCACACGAUUUUGAACCAUUUUGUUCAAGUGAGGCCAAGAGUCGUUACCAAUGCACGAUUAUGGUCCACAUUCACUCAUAUGAGAUCAAGAGUCGUUGCCAGUGCACCAUUAUGGUCCACAGCCACUAAUAUAGGAUCAAUAGUCGUUACCAGUGCACGAUUUUGGUCCACAUUCACUCAUAUCAGAUCAAGAGUCGUUGCCAGUGCACUAUUAUGGUCCACAUUCACUCAUAUGAGAUCAAGAGUCGUUGCCAGUGCACCAUUAUGGUCCACAUUCUCUCAUAUGAGAUCAAGAGUCGUUGCCAGUGCACCAUUAUGGUCCACAUUCACUCAUAUGAGAUCAAAAGUCGUAUCCAGUGCACCACUUUGGUCCACAUUCACUCAUAUAAGAUCAAUAGUCGUUACCAGUACACGAUUAUGGUCCACAUCCACUCAUAUCAGAUCAAAGUCGUAA